AUGGGAAAGAAAAAUUUGAAACUAUCUUCACUUUUCAAAACCAAACUCUCUUGUAACCAUCAUCCAAAGACUCUCUCCUUUCGAAUUGGUGGUGAUGAUGAUAUGUUCAAGACAGUUAACUCAGUGUUUUUCGACCAAACAGAUAACCAAAGCAAUAUCGAAACACCGAAAUCAUGUUUCACAACAACCUCGUCUGAUUCCGCGAGUUUCUCGACAGAAUCAGACGAGUAUUAUUGCUACAACGACGGGGAGUUGUUGGAGACAUUGGUACGAGGAGUUAAAUCAGAAAGAUCUUCUCAUAGACUGUUUUUCGAAGCAGAAGACACGAGUUCCAUCUUGGAAAAAGCGAAGGCGAACGGUUUUCCGUUUAAGGAAAGUGUGGUAUUAGCUUUGGAGUCAGAUGAUCCUUACGAGGAUUUCAAGAGAUCAAUGGAAGAGAUGGUUGAGUCACAUGGUGUGAAAGAUUGGGAAGGUUUGGAGGAACUUUUGAGUUGGUAUUUGAGGGUUAAUGGGAAGAAUAAUCAUGGGUUUAUCGUUGGUGCUUUUGUUGAUUUGUUGAUUAGUUUAACUGGUUCUAAGGAUUCUAGUAACUCUUGUUCAGAAUUAACUUUCUAUUCUUCUGCGGUUUCUUCUUUUGCUUCUUCACCAACUUUGUAUUUAUCUGAGGGACAGAAUGAGAUUACUGAGAUUGAAGUUAAUCAUAAUAAUGUAACAGAUUCUUAG